GCACAGAAGCCUCCUCCUUAGCCAACACAAGGAACCCCCAUUGUACCCCUAGUGCAUACAUACAUACAAUGGCGUCUGGUGAAGCGGUGUUUAACGUUUCUGUGUUCUUCGUUGUUCUCAGAGAGACCCUUGAAGCGGUCAUCGUGGUCUCUGUGCUGCUUUCGUUUGUGAAGCAGGCCAUUGGUGAUGGUGACAGAGCUCUUUACAGAAAGCUGCUCUUCCAGAUUUGGCUGGGUGUUAUUGCUGGUUUGAUCAUCUGUCUGGCCAUCGGUGGUGGUUUCAUUGGUGCAUACUACCGUUAUCAGAAUGAUAUCUUUGGAAACUCUGAGGAUCUUUGGGAGGGUAUUUUCUGUAUGAUUGCCACAGUGAUGAUCUCUUUUAUGGGUAUCGCCAUGCUAAGAAUCAACAAGAUGCAAGCCAAGUGGAGAUUGAAGAUUGCAAGAUCCCUGCUUGCAACACCAAAGAGAAAGAGAGACAGAUUCAAACUCGGUUACUUGACAAAGAAGUACGCCAUGUUUUUGCUUCCUUUCAUCACUGUGUUGAGAGAAGGUCUCGAAGCCGUUGUCUUUGUUGCCGGUGCAGGUAUCACCACUAAGGGUUCCUCUGCCAGAGCUUACCCAUUGCCAGUGUUUAUUGGUUUGCUCUGUGGUCUCUUGGCUGGUUUCCUGUUGUAUUAUGGUGUCUCUUAUGCAUCUAUGCAAAUCUUUUUGGUGAUCUCUACCUGUAUCCUUUACCUGAUCGCUGCAGGUUUGUUCUCCAGAGGUGUCUGGUUCUUUGAAACAAACACCUUCAACAAGAAAACCGGUGGUGAUGCUUCUGAAUCUGGUGAUGGUAACGGUUCUUACGAUAUCACAAAGUCCGUCUACCACGUUAACUGUUGUAACCCGGAGUUGGAUAACGGUUGGGAUGUGUUUAACGCCCUUCUCGGAUGGCAAAACACUGGUUACCUCGGCUCUGUUUUGGCUUACAACUUGUAUUGGUUGUGUUUGAUCAUUGUCGUCUUGCUGAUGCUCUUUGAAGAGAGAACUGGUCACCUGCCAUUCUUCAAGAACUUGAAAUUGAGACAGUUGAACCCAAUGUACUGGAUCAAGGGUAAGUACAAAAAGGAGCUUACUGAGGAGCAAAAGAGAGAGCUGUUCAAGCAAGUUAAGGAGGAAGUCAAAUUCAACAACGAUGGUGGUAUUGAGGAAGUUGAUGCUCCAUUGAAUGAUGACCUUGCUGGUACUUCUAAGGAAACGUAUGAACUCAAGCAGACCACCACUUCAAAGUCCCACCGCCACAUUGAUACUCAUAGCAUCACUGCUGGUGCUGAACAGAGAGCCGCCACUGCUGCUCUCUUUGGUGCCACUGAUGAGGAGGUUGUUCCAAAGCGUCUUGUCUCUGCCAGUGCCACUCAAAGAGCUGAGACAUCGGAGCUCCUCAACGGUCAUUAGAGUAGGAUAUCCCUCUCUUGACGUUUCCACAAUGUCCUCUAACCGGCUUGUCGUCUUAAUAUCCCCUUCUUUUUUAUAUUUAUAU